AGGCAUUUAACCCCUCGGGUCUUGGUUGCCCACCCUGCAUAAUAUAUGUAAGGUGAAGAUCCCGGGUCCAAAUUCAGCAGCCCUGCAUUCAAACCCAACAUACUUACAACGGGCUUUUUUUUCAAAAACAUCAGCACUCCUCAUAGUUGUGUUGAGUUAUUAAUAUCAUAGUUCAUUGUCUGUUCACUGGACCAAUUCUCGUAGGGGUUUAGUUGAUCAAAAACUACUGGAGUAGUUAUCAGAAGCUGUAACCUUGUAAAAGUGUUGACCCCAAAGUGUCUGCAUGGUCUCUCAGUACAGUCGUCUAUUGUCUGCUUUUAAUUUAAAAACAACUAAUUCGAAGAGAGUAUCCAUACCCAAUUAUUCUUCUUACUGCUUCCCAGUAAGCUUUGGUGGAUGUGCUCAAAUUAAUUUUUUUUUUCAAGAAGUGAAGCAAGGAGACAUUUUUGCUUUGUUUGACAACAAAUCUGAUAUUCUUCCUUGCAGUUAUAUAAAGAUUUAAAUUUUCAGGAUUAGAAUGUUGAAGGAAUUUUCACAAAGAUUUUUUUCUCUUUCUGACUCCACUUUCCCAUCAGUGGUCCACCACAGUACAGUAUGGUUAAGUGGAUUCGGUUUAGUGUGGGGGAUUGCAAAAUAAGCUCCCUCUAGACUUUUGUUGUUCUUUUUCUAAAAUAUCGAUAUUGUCCUCUUCUAAAUUUAAAUCACAUUGUGACAUGAACUGUUUGAUUCAUUGACUACCUAAGAGACAUAUGUUUAAACUGGUUGACAUAUGAUAUACAGUCAAAAAAUAAAGUUCUAUAACAAGGCAUUUUAGAUAUUCGUCAUAUAUUCUUUCAUUAUUGUGGUGAAAGAGUUGCAUAAUAUGAUUCAUUAAUUGGAAUUUGACUCACAAGUAAAAUAAGAUAGCUAGUCAUGCCAAAAAAACAUCAAAUAAGGCGUAGAUCGUCCUCAUCCUCGUCAAUCUCGGAUUCACCUGAAAGACCAAAGAAAGCACCCAAGCCAGCGGCUUCAGCUUCAGGAUUCAAUACUAUUCUCCGUGAGUUGCUACCAGCUCCACUCGCAGAUAAGAUAAUUGAUAAUUUACCUUCAACUUUUGGAGUAAUAUCAAAAAAAUUGGGUACACACGUUUUUUUUUUAUUAUCUAUAAUUAUAUAUGAUAUGGUUGGAGCAUUGUUGUAUAGUUUAAUUGAGGGUGGUCAAGAAGCUGAACAAGUAAAUGACAUAUUGUCGCAUCGAAAGAUUACGAUGGAUAAAAUAUUCGAGUUGGUUAAAACUGGAUCACCAAGUCUAAGUAAACAAUCAGAAGAAUUGAUAAAGGCCUAUGAGAAAGUCAUAGUGGAAAAUUAUGACAAAAAUAGCAAACUGUUAAUAAGAGGUGAAGAUGAACUCAACUGGAGUUUCUGGGGUGCAGCUUUUUUUUGUGGCACUGUUUUCACCCUUAUUGGUUCUGCUCAUAUAAAACCAUUAACAGUACCGGGAAGGGCAUUGACUAUUUUCUAUGCAUUAAUUGGUAUUCCAUUAUUCCUUACUCUGCUUGCGGAUUUUGGCAAAUUGCUGACUAGAUUGAUUAAAAUAGUUUGGAUUUAUGUGCAGAACAUUUACAAUACAGGAUCAUUCAAGCCACCAAAAGGAAUCACUGGUAAGGCUGAUGAUGAUGAUGAUGAUGAUGAAGAUGAUGAAGAUGAUGAGUUACAGUUUGACAACAUAGACAGAAUAAUGCAUAUUCAACGAACCCCAGAAGAUUUUAGCUUGCCGAUUUCAUUAGCACUUUCAGUGUUUAUUAUGUAUAUUUUUUUUGGGGCAAUAUUGUAUUAUUUGUGGGAAGAAUGGACUUUUAUGGAGUCAUUUUACUUUGUGUUUAUAUCAAUGGCAACAAUUGGCUUUGGUGAUUUCAUCCCUUCGACAUACUUUCAUAUGAAUUCUUUGAUUGUAUAUUUGACCAUUGGCCUGGCAAUAACAUCCAUGUGUAUCAAUGUCGUCCAAGAAAAAAUCGCAGAAACAUUUUCACAUGCAAGUGCUAAACUUGGAGAGACAGUUGGUAUAGAGUUUGCAGACGAGCCAGAAAAGGAUGAAAAUGAAGUCUACGAGGCCAGUGAUUUAUUCAGAGCAGCAGCAGCAGCAUCAGCUGGCAGAGGAGGAAUGACAUUGCCUGCAAGAGGCAGAAUGUCAAUAGCUGGAAGAGGUGGAAUGCCAAUGCCUGGAAGAGGCAGAAUGUCAAUAGCUGGAAGACCAACCAGAGGUUUUCCACCAGAACCUGGCAGUUCAUCUGCACCUCCACAAAACUUUAAUCGAUAUUGAUUCAAUAAUUUUAAUGUAAAUAUUUAUAAAAAUUAUUGUUAUAUAUAUUAUAUAUGAAAUA